CGCCACCAGGGAGACGGCUCCCCGGCCGGACGUGGCUGAUGUUUUCUUGUUUCUGUUUCAGCCUUCAGGAGCAUUCCUUCGGCAGCAGCGCCGGGACCGAGUGCGACGAAGACGCAGUCACUCUACAUGAAGACCAGACUGAUUUUUCCAGACUCAGAGAUGAAGACAAUAAGGAAAAUUACCCCGACGCUGGGCCUCUCCUAGAAGAGCACCCGCCGCCCUCCCGAGAGCCUCAGCAGCAUGUAGAGGCGAGCCUGCUGGUGGACGGCGUGCUGCGACCCAGCAUGGGCAACUUUAAGUCCCGGAAGCCCAAGUCCAUCUUCAAAGCCGACAGCGGGAGGAGCCACACAGAAAACCAGGAGACAGAGCAGGUGGUGCCUGGCCAGGCGGAGUGCCAGGGGGGAGCGGGAACGCCACCUCGUGAGAAUCCACAAAACAACACCUUCAGGUGCCAAGACACAGUGCGACUUCAACCCAGACUGGACCAGAGGGCAGCCAUUUGGCCAAAGGAUGCUUUGGGAACCCAACAGGACGUGCAUGAGGAAGAAGCCGCUCAGGUGCAUGGAGGCAAGGACCCAGCCCCAGCCUCGGCCCCCAGUGUGCUUGCAGACCCGGCAGAUUCCGCAGACCCUGCACCAGUCCAGAAAGACUGGCAGAAUGAAGCCGGUGAUGGACCGGAAGACCACCAGUCUGUCACCCCCAGCAGGCUGCUUUACCACAUAACUGAUGGGGACAAUCCGCUGCUGUCACCGCGAUGCUCCAUCUUCAGCCAAAGCCAGAGAUUCAACCUAGACCCCGAGUCUGCCCCUUCCCCACCCAGCACGCAGCUGUUUAUGAUGCCCCGAAGUUCUUCACGAGGCACUUGUGGGGAUGCCAAGGAGUCCCACGCCAUCACCCAGCUCACCAAGCACAUUCAAAGCCUCAAACGGAAAAUCCGGAAAUUUGAAGACAAAUUUGAACAAGAGAAGAAGUACCGGCCUUCACAUGGUGACAAGACUUCUAAUCCCGAAGUCCUGAAGUGGAUGAAUGAGUUGGCUAAAGUUCGUAAGCAGCUCAAAGAACUCAAACUGAAGCUGUCAGAGGAACAAGGGAGUGCUCCCAAAGGCCCCCGUAGAAACCUGUCCUGUGAGCAUCCCACAGGCCCCAAGGAGAACGCGAAACCAGAAGCUGCAGGUCCUGAGCCAAGCUCCUCUGGAGAAGAGCCCCCAGAUGCUGGGCUGAAAUGCUUGAAGGAGAAGAGAGAGCAACUUCCGCUCCAGGAGGACGCUAAGGUAACUAAGCAAGACAAGAACCUCAUAAAGCCUCUUUACGACCGAUACAGAAUUAUCAAGCAAAUCUUAUCAACACCUUCCCUUAUCCCAACAAUUGAAGAAGAGGACUCUGAUGAAGACUACCCACAGGGAAGCCAACAAUCUUCUUUGGGAGAUCCAGUGUCUCACAUCCCCGUUGGUGACUCCCUUGCCUAUUCCAAGGAGAUUGAACCUGGUAGGGCCCUGCUACCAGAUGAAAAGAAAGAAGUCAAACCAUCAGCCCUCUCCAUGUCCAAUUUACAUGAGGCCACCAUGCCUGUACUCCUUGACCAUCUUCGAGAGACUAGGGCUGAUAAGAAGAGACUUCGGAAAGCCUUACGAGAAUUUGAAGAACAGUUUUUUAAACAAACAGGAAGAAGUCCACAAAAAGAAGACAGGAUCCCAAUGGCAGAUGAGUACUAUGAAUAUAAGCACAUCAAAGCCAAACUGAGACUACUGGAAGUCCUCAUCAGCAAGCAAGAUGUGGCCAAAACUAUUUGAGGUCAGGAAAUGUUUGUGAUCACAUUCACCAAAAAAAAAUUUUUUUUUAAUCAAGUUUAUUUUCUCCUGCCAUGUAGUUUCACAUACUAAAAUUCAAAGCACUUUAGUGGUAGUACUACUUGUUUUUUAGGAAAGGAUGGCAACUGUAAUUAUUUAUGAGGAGAGGUAUUUAAAUGUGGGGAGAGGGGCAAACACAGUAUAACUGGGGGGAGGGUGGGAGAAAUCAAGCCUGUUCUGUGCCAAGAAGAAUUGUAAUUUAGAAAAUUAUUUGAUAAUUCAUCCACUCAUUUAGUGGGCUGCUUGUUAGGGAAAGGUCAGCGAUGCUUACGUUGAUGUGUGGAAAACCAAGAGGAGGAAGGAAAGCUCUGCCCGUGUUCAAGUAAAAAGGGCAACUUAUUUGAAUCUCUAAUCGAUUUUUAAGGACUAUUUUAAAAUCUACUUUGUUCCUUGAGUCUAUUAGACUUUCGGUAACCCUAAAAUAUACUAGAAUGUGUCAUUGCUAAUUUUUCUUUCUCUAUAGAAAAUAGCAUAUUAUUUUACUUAUUUGAAAUUUUACAUUUCUGAUUACCAAAGUUCAUUCUGAUAGCAUGUACUUUGUGAAUUACUAUCUUUGUCUAUAAUUGACAGAUGUUUAUAUUAAAAUAUUGCAUUAAAAUUUGAAAACAAGUAUUUUGGAUAGUUAUGUGUCUGUAGGAUAUAAUCUAAUGUGAUGAUUGCUAAUCUUUUUGUUUAUUAUAUCUAAGAUGAUAAAACUAUUUUUCCAUUGGGAAUAUGCAUUUUUCUUAAUGUUCUAAAUCUAUACUUUGUAAAGUCAAAAAAAACUUUCUCAUGAGCAUAGUUACCCUUGUUUCUGUACAAAAAUUAAAGAUUUGAAAACUGUUUGCCAUGCAUCUUAGAAAAGAAUCCAGACUAUUAAUUCACUAUCGUCUUGUUAUUUUGUACUAAAUCACUUGUUCAUUGUCUUUUUGUAAAAACAAGUAAAAGAUUAACAUUUUCUCUCAUGUAGCAACCACAUACAUAUAUAUUUCUAUUUUCUGUAAUAUUUGAGCAUGAUGCUGAAGAAAUUCACAUUUUCAUAUAGUUUGGAUGGAAAGAAUGUUGACAAUGUCAGAGGCUUAUUGUUUCUCUGCAAUUACCUGACAUUUUAUAACUUUUAUGAAUCAGAGUAACGUCCUUCAUCAAUGUGUUUAAUUAAAAUCAUCUACUUGUAACAGGAUUGACACACACCUAUUUGAGGUUUACAAACUAAAUCUUUGAUAAAGGAAAUGGUUUCGUGAUAUGUAUAGAAUUGCUAUUAAAAUGUAACUCUAUAUAUUCUAUGAUUGUAAAUAUUUUAUACAACAAUGCAAAUAAAAUAUUUUUCUAUUAUA